AGUGAUGUGAUACAGUACUGUAGCAACACCAGAGAGAUGGCAGGGGGUGUCAGUAGGACUGUGAGUGAUGUGAUACAGUACUGUAGCAACACCAGAGAGAUGGCAGGGGGUGUCAGUAGGACUGUGAGUGAUGUGAUACAGUACUGUAGCAACACCAGAGAGAUGACAGGGGGUGUCAGUAGGACUGUGAGUGAUGUGAUACAGUACUGUAACAACACCAGAGAGAUGGCAGGGGGUGUCAGUAGGACUGUGAGUGAUGUGAUACAGUACUGUAGCAACACCAGAGAGAUGGCAGGGGGUGUCAGUAGGGCUGUGAGUGAUGUGAUACAGUACUGUAACAACACCAGAGAGAUGGCAGGGCGUGUCAGUAGGGCUGUGAGUGAUGUGAUACAGUACUGUAGCAACACCAGAGAGAUGGCAGGGGGUGUCAGUAGGGCUGUGAGUGAUGUGAUACAGUACUGUAGCAACACCAGAGAGAUGGCAGGGGGUGUCAGUAGGACUGUGAGUGAUGUGAUACAGUACUGUAGCAACACCAGAGAGAUGGCAGGGGGUGUCAGUAGGGCUGUGAGUGAUGUGAUACAGUACUGUAGCAACACCAGAGAGAUGACAGGGGGUGUCAGUAGGGCUGUGAGUGAUGUGAUACAGUACUGUAGCAACGCCAGAGAGAUGGCAGGGGGUGUCAGUAGGGGCUGUGAGUGAUGUGAUACAGUACUGUAGCAACACCAGAGAGAUGGCAGGGGGUGUCAGUAGGGCUGUGAGUGAUGUGAUACAGUACUGUAGCAACACCAGAGAGAUGACAGGGGGUGUCAGUAGGGCUGUGAGUGAUGUGAUACAGUACUGUAGCAGCACCAGGGGAUGUGGUCCGCUGUAUGAGGUGACAGGAGGUGUUAGUUGUAGUUGUCCAUGGCACCAGGGGAUGUGGUCCGCUGUAUGAGGUGACAGGGGGUGUUAGUUGUAGUUGUCCAUGGCACCAGGGGAUGUUGUCCGCUGUAUGAGGUGACAGGGGGUGUUAGUUGUAGUUGUCCAUGGCACCAGUGGAUGUGGUCCGCUGUAUGAGGUGACAGGGGGUGUUAGUUGUAGUUGUCCAUGGCACCAGGGAGUGUUAGUUGUAGUUGUCCAUGGCACCAGGGGGUGUUAGUUGUAGUUGUCCAUGGCACCAGGGGGUGUUAGUUGUAGUUGUCCAUGGCACCAGGGGGUGUUAGUUGUAGUUGUCCAUGGCACCAGGGGGUGUUAGUUGUAGUUGUCCAUGGCACCAGGGGGUGUUAGUUGUAGUUGGCAAUGGCACCAGGGGGUGUUAGUUGUAGUUGUCCAUGGCACCAGGGGGUGUUAGUUGUAGUUGUCCAAUGCUGGUUUCUAGGACAGAGGGUUGUCCAAUGUAACAGUACCAGAGUGGAUGGCAGGCGGUGUGAAUGGGAUUUUACCAUGGGUGUGAAUGGGAUUUUACCAUGGGUGUGAAUGGAAUUGUUCCAUGGGUGUGAAUGGGAUUUUACCAUGGGUGUGAAUGGGAUUUUACCAUGGGUGUGAAUGGGAUUUUACCAUGGGUGUGAAUGGGAUUUUACCAUGGGUGUGAAUGGGAUUUUACCAUGGGUGUGAAUGGGAUUUUACCAUGGGUGUGAAUGGGAUUGUUCCAUGGGUGUGAAUGGGAUUUUACCAUGGGUGUGAAUGGGAUGCUACCAUGGGUGUGAAUGGGAUUUUACCACGGUUGUGAAUGGGAUUUGUUUCGGUUUUUAGGGCAUGGGGUGUGUGACUGUGAGUGGUGCUUGUUCAGAGUUGCUCUCCGGGGCUCUGAUGAGCGUCACCCAGCAGCUGCCCUUUAUAACAUGUGUGUGUCCCCAAUGGCACCAUAUUCUCCACAUGGAUCUGGCCGAAAGUAGUGCGCUAUGUAGGGAAUAGGGUGCCAUUUGGAACGCAUCCAUGGAGCAGCUCGUUAGGCCACAGCUCCACAGAUGGAGGGCUGCUAGCCAGGGCAUGAUGGGCCCAGGUCCGCCUCACGGCUGCUUAUUAGCACGAUGAUGAGACCGAUACUCCGUGGGGUUAUUGUGACGCGUACAAGUGGCAUAGUGGUGGCUGCAUCAUGUAAUGGGUAUGCUUGUAAUCGUUAAGGACGGGAGUUUUUCAGGAUAAAAAAUACAUGGAAUGGAGCUAAGCACAGGCAAAAUCCUAGAGGAAAACCUAGUUCAGUCUGCUUUCCAACAGACACUGGCAGAUGAAUUCACCUUUCAGCAGGACAUAACCUAAAUCACAAGGCCAAAUCUACGCUGGAGUUGCUUACCAAGAAGUGAAUGUUCCUGAGUGGCAGAGUUACAGUUUUGACUUAAAUAUGCUUGAAAAUCUAUGGCAAUACUUGAAAAUGGUUGUCUAGCAAUGAUCCACAACCAUCUUGACGGAGCUUGAAGAAUUCUAGAAAUAAUAAUGGGCAAAUAUUGUACAAUCCAGGUGUGCAAAGCUCUUAGAGACUUACCCAGAAAGACUCCCAGCUGUAACCGCUGCCAAAGGUGAUUCUAACAUGUAGGGAUUCAGGGGUGUGAAUACUUACGUAAAUGAGAUAUUCAAGACAUGACUAAAGAUAGAAUCCCAAGUGAAGAACAUGAUGCAACUGAAUGAAGCCUAUAUCAUGGAGCAGAGGGUAUAACAUCAUAUAACGGCACAUAACAUUUAGUGAUUCAAAUAAUAAACAACUUUGUAACGUUUAAUGACACAGAUCAAAAGGAGGUAAAUGGAAGUCAUUAUAAAAUCCAAGGCACGCUUCAAAUUUGUAAACAUUUAAAUGCAAUGGUUUUAUUUACAUUGGCAUAUACACAAGGACGAGUGACUCUGACUACGUCGAAAUGAGCCCCAGUUCACACAUAAAGACAUUUUAAUUUGGACUAAUUCACAGAGUGCCUUGGAAUUGUAUUGUGGAAAAUUACUCUAUAUUAACUUCAUGUUGAUGCUUAUAAAAAUCAGAAACUGUUGUCGAGGAAAGGUUAAAGCUACAAAAUGUCUUCUUCUAUGGCGGAGGCGGGAGCGUUACUUGGGUGAGAACAAGUCGAGAAGAUUAUUAUUUAAAUUGUUCUGACCCAAGAACGACUUCCACCUCUGCCAUUCUAAAAAUACCUAUUGUAAUUAUAUAGCUUUAACUUUUUCCUCCAAAAGGUACAGUGAGGGAAAAAAGUAUUUGAUCCCCUGCUGAUUUUGUACGUUUGCCCACUGACAAAGACAUGAUCAGUCUAUAAUUUUAAUGGUAGGUUUAUUUGAACAGUUAGAGACAGAAUAACAACAACAAAAUGUAAUUACACUCUGAAGCACUUUCAUACUUUCAAAUACUUUUUUUGCAUCCCAAAUGGAACCCUAUUGCCUACAUUCAUGUGACCAAGAAGUAGGAAGCAGGAUGUUUGGAGUGGUGAUACGGUUGGCUCUUGUAGCCAGGACCACUAUUUCUGACCUGAGUAUAAGCAUUUCAGACUCCUCUGUUUUGGAGACAGAUCCGGAGAUGGCCGGUCAAGCCAUGAAAUGCGAGAGCUGUGAUAUGUUUACCAUAGUGAAAGAGGAAGAACUGACUGACAUACAUUUGUGAACUGUGUAAGUAACUCAUUGCCACAUAAGAUCGGAUCAUUGAACUACCAGAGGAGAACAGGGUCCUAAAAUAAUGUCUCUCUCUGGCUAAGGAGACUUCAAGACUGCAUUGGACUGUGUUCCAAGGUAGUAUCCUUAGUCGCUACUGCAGAGGAGCCCAAUCUCAUAGAGCAACCUGGAUUAUCCCCUCGGUCAGUUAGAAUUGUCACAGCAACAACACUUUAACAUAUUAACACAUUCCACCGACGAGAACAAGAGAACUACAGCAUCUUGCUCUCCACCAUCGGAGGAAAAGUGGAAUGGAGUUGGAGGUAAGAGAGGAGGAAUAUUCCAACGUAUCCUCACGGCUCUGAGCCCCGCUUCACCGUGGCCCUCCGACGAGGUCCCCCUGCGGCUCCCCCAGUCCUUCCCAGCCCCACUUCACCGGGGCCCUCUGACAAGGUCCCCCUGCGGCUCCCCCAGUCCUUCCCAGCCCCACUUCACCGGGGCCCUCCGACGAGGUCCCCCUGCGGCUCCCCCAGUCCUUCCCAGCCCCACUUCACCGGGGCCCUCUGACGAGGUCCCCCUACGGCUCCCCCAGUCCUUCCCACUCCACCAUCGUACUGCUACAGGUAUCCAUAUUCCCAGUGAUUAUUGACAUUAUGAUUAUUGGCAUUGUCAGUGAUAAUCAUGUGGCCACAAAUUUGAAUUCCACUAUUAUCUCUGUUACUGUUAGCCUAAAUGGGAAGUCAACUGUUAAAAAACAGAUUAAAAAAAACAGAUAAAAAUACACCUUAUGGAACAGCGGGGACUGUGAAGCAACACAAACAGACACAUGCCUACAAACACACGAUAACAUACACACUAUACACACUACACACACUACACACACUAUACACACUAUACACUCUAUACACACUACACACACUACACACACUACACACACUAUACACACUAUACACACUACACACACUACACACACUAUACACACUAUACACACGUACACAUGGAUUAUAUGUUAUAGAUAUGUGGUAGUAGAGUAGAGGCCUGAGGGCACACACUUAAUAUGUUGUGAAAUCUGUUAUGAAUGUAUUGUAAUGUUUUUAAAAUGUAUAACUGCCUUAAUUUUGCUGGACCCCAGGAAGAGUAGCUGCUGCCUUGGCAUAAUGUGGAUCCAUAAUAAAUACAAAUACAAAUCUCUGUUACUGUUAGCCCAAAUGGGAAGUCCACUGUAGUCAGCUCAUCCAGUGCUAUUAUUUAAAAUACCUACAGUGCCUUCAGAAAGUAUUCACACCCCUUGACGGAUUCCACAUUUUGUUAUGUUACAGCUGGAAUUCAAAAUUGAUUAAAUAUAUGUUUUUUUCCCACCCAUCUACACACAAUACCCCAUAAUAACAAAAUGAAAACAUGUUUUAGAAAGUUUAGCAAAUGUAUUGAAAAUGAAAUACAGAAAUAUCCAAUUUACAUAAGUAUUCACAACACUUUGCUAUGACACUCCAAAUUGAUGCUCAGAUGCAUCCCAUUUCCUUUGAUCGUCCUUGAGAUGUCACUACAACUUGAUUGGAGUCCACCUGUGACCAAUUCAAUUGUUUGGACAUGAUUUAGAAAGAAACACACCUGGUCCCACAGUUGACGGUGCAUGUCAGAGCAGAAACUAUACCAUGAAGUCCAAGGAACUGUCCAUGGAUCUCUGAGUUAGAAUUGUGAUGAGGCAUACAGUGCUGUGAAAAAGUAUUUGCCCCCUUUCUAAUUUUCUCAACUUUAGCAUAAUUUUGAUACUGAAUGUUAUCAGAUCUUCAACCAAAUAAUAGAUAAAGGGAACCUGAGUGAACAAAUAACACAACAAUUACAAACUUAUUUCAUUUAUUUCAUAAACAAAGUUAUGCAACACCCAAUGCACCCUGUGUGAAAAAGUAAUUGCCCCCUUACACUCAAUAACUGGUUGUGCAAUGACUCCAAACAAACGCUUCCUGUAGUUGUUGAUCAGUCUCUCAAGUUGCUGUGGAGGAAUUUUGUCCCACUCUUCCAUGCAGAACUGCUUUAACUCAGUGACAUUUAUGGGUUUUCAAGGAUGAACUGCUCAUUUCAAGUCCUGCCACAACAUCUCAAUUGGGAUUUGGUAAAAACGUCAAUUAUUUUUAUUUUUAGCCAUUUCCAUGUAGACUUGAUGUUUUGGAUCAUUGUCUUGCUGCAUGACCCAACUGCGAUUCAGCUUCAGCUCACAGACGGAUGGCCUGACAUUCUCCUGUAGAAUUCUCUGAUACAGAGCAGAAUUCAUGGUUCCUUCUAUUAAGGCAAGUCGUCCAGGUCCUGAGGCAGCAAAGCAUCCCCAAACCAUCACACCACCACCACCAUGCUUGACCUUUGGUAUGAUGUUCUUACUGUGGGGGGCCAGUAUAAAAAAAAUAAUUAAACAAAUUUAUUCACUAACUGUAAGUCGCUCUGGAUAAGAGCGUCUGCUAAAUGACUUAAAUGUAAAUGUAAUGUAAAUGAAUGCAGUGUUUGGUUUUCGCCAGGCAUAAUGGGACCCAUCUCAUCCAGAAAGUUAUACUUUUGACACAUCUGUCCAUAGAACAUUCUUCCAAGAGUCUUGAUGAUCAUCCAGGUGCAUUCUUGGCAAACUUGAGUCAACUUUCUGGACGAGUUGAUUCCCAUUAUGUCUGGCGAAAACCGAACACUGCAUUCCACAGUAAGAACCUCAUACCAACGGUCAAGCCUGGUGGUGGUAUACUUAUAUAUUUUGGGGGGUAAACUCAGGUUCCCUUUAUCUAAUAUUAGGUUUUCGUUGAAGAUCUGAUAACAUUCAGUAUAAAAAAUAUGCAGAAAUAGAGAUAAUCUGAAAAAGGGCAAAUACUUUUUCACGGCACUGUAUAUCUGGGGAAGGCUAUAAAACAAUUGAUCGAGUGAUGAACGUUUCCAAGAACACAGUGGUCUCCAUCAUUGGAAAUAUGAAACAAAUAUGGAACUACCCAGACUCUGCCUAGAGCUGGCCGUCUUGAAGAUUGCUGUUCACCAAUCUAACUUAACAGAGCUUGAGAAAAUCUGCAAGGAAGAAUGGGAGAAAAUCCCCAAAUCCAGAUGGGUAUCUGCAUCAGCUUAGUACAAGACGACUCAAAGCUGUGAUCACUGACAAGGGUGCUUCUACAAAGUAUUGACUCAGGAGUGUGAAUACACUUAUGUAAAGUUGGGGUAUUGUGUGUAGAUGGGUGAGAAAACAAAUCUAUUUAAUCCAUUUAGAAUUCAGACUGUAACACAACAAAAUGUGGAAUCAAGUCAAGGGGUAUGAAUACUUUCUGAAGGCACUGUAUUUGCUUGAAAAUCAGAGACAAGGUUUGAAUAUUGCUGUCCAUCAAUGAUUCCCAACCAAGUUUACUAAGGUUGAGCAAUUUAGACAAAAACAAUGGAUGGAUGUUGCCCUACGAGUUGUGCAAAGUUGGUGAAUAAUUUUCAAUAAGAUUUUACAACUGUAAUGGCUGCCAAAGGUGCUUCCACCAAGUAUUAAGUCUGGACUGUGAAGACUUAUGCAAAGAUGUCUUCGUUUCUUAAAAAAAUAUAUAUGAAUUUGAAAUUUUUUAUAUAAUUUGUAUUUCACUUUGAAAAUGUGGAGUAAAAUAGAUUUGUGUCUUGGGAGUGUGGUUUGAUGUGGGUAUGGUAUGUUCACUUUAUCUUAAACUGGCAGUAAUGUUGUUUGUCACCGUCCCAAACAGGCCACUGUACCGAAUGGCUUAGCAACCGCGUGACGCAGCAUGACAAUGUGAACGUGAUUGGUCAGGGAAGCGUUCUUCGAGCAUACUGCAUUUCCUGCUUUCUAGAGGUAGAUAUCUUUAAUGAAAGUUGUGUUUGUGAUGCGAACGUUAGCUCACAAAUGUGAAGGUGUUUGAGUUGGAGAAACCCAAACUGUUUAUAAAAAAACAACUCUCGUUCUUUCAACAUAAUAUUUGCGGAGAUCACUUCUUUAUAUUGUUGCCUAAACAAGUCUGAGGCGCUGCGCGCUAAUGGUUAGUUUGGCUGUCCAUAAAUAAAUGGGCGGGUUGUAGGUUGAUUCUGGUGAGCGAUUGGAUAGCGAACAAUACAGCGCACCAGGCAGCUGUGUUCUGGAUCAUUUGAUUACUGCCAGCCUUGAUUAGACUAUGCCAGGUCAGAGUUCCCAUGUGGGCAGAGUCGAAAUCCAAACCCAACCCUCAUGUAAGAUGUGACAUCCUCAGUUACACAAAUCUCACAAAACUCAGUUUUGGAACUUUAUGACCAAAAUUAUCUAACGUUUUUUGUCAAUUCUGCCACAUAGGCCGUUUUCAACCAGAAAAUUAGUUUUGUCUGCGUUCAAUUGCACUUUAAGGCAGCAAAAUGUGAAGACUGUGCAAUGGGUGUGAAGACUGUGCAAUGGGUGUGUAGACUUUCACUAGGCACUGUGUGUGUAUAGUGCAUUAAUAUAUUUGACAUGAUCUUGUCCUCUCCUCUCUAAGCUUACUCUUCUGUCUUCCAGAGAUGAUUGGGGAGGCUGAGGUGCUUGAGGUCCAACCUGAAACCCCCCUGAAACUAAGCAACAUCUUCCCCAGGAUGACAGGAAUGACCAGUGUGAUCAGAACGGCUCCUUUCCAUUGUUAUGCUUUUGUUUUCAUGAUAGAUCCACCAUCUGUACCUAAUGUAGUUAGUGUGAAACAUAGGAUUACAUAUUAGAAAAUAGUCAUUUAAUAGGAUCUCUAAACGUUAUCUUAUAUACUAGUUCAUCUGUAUUAUCAUGAGCCACUAUUAUGUAACACAGUUGUUAUGGUUGAAUGGUUGUUACAGUGUCAAACAACUCAGAGACAAUUUAGUCAGAUUAUUGGGCCACUUUUGUGUGAUUUUUGUAUUAUCAUUUGCUUGGCAUACUUUCUCUUACAGCCGUGUGUAUCUAGCUGCUUGGCACGCAAAGCCAAGCUAGAUAAUGAUCUAUAAUGAGCUAUCUGGAUAAAUAGGCUGUUUAUUUCACAAUGAUUUAUUAUAUCUCUUAAAAUAGAUGUGCAAUAUACAAAGCCUUUGAAUGGUCCCCUACCCCUGGCCAGCAGGUUUCUAUUCAAUCCAUUAAGCCCAAUUAAUUCAUCCUGAUUAUAUAAAACGGGGCAUUAUGCUAGCUUCAAAAUCCAUAUAUCUGGAUGUUGGAUUCUCUUUCACACAUCUAAAACGUCUGAGCACAGCAUGAACCCCUGUUUUGAUCUUUACAAUAGGCCUAUACUUAUAAUGCUGCAAACAAAACAUAGUCGUUAGGAAGUCCCCGGAACGUCAUGAAAUGGUUGCCUAAAGUCUUCAGGACGUUGUGUCAUGGUGUCACGUUCGUUGAGAGACGGGUCAGACCAAGGUGCAGCGUGGUAUGCGAACAUGUUUAUUUAACUCAAUAAACAUAAACAAAACAAGAAACAACGUAACGUGAAGUCCUCAGGUUAAACACUGGUUUGGUGCGAGGAGCAGGGACGGGCCGUACUGGACUGGGAACACGCACCACUGGCUUGGUGCGGGGAGCAGGUACGGGCCGUACCGGACUGGAUACGCGCACCACUGGUUUGGGGCGGGGAGCAGGUACGGGGCGUACCGGACUGUGGAGGCGCACUGGAGGUCUGGAGCGUAGAGCUGGCACAACCCGUCCUGGCUGGAUGCCCACUUCCGCACAGUACGUGUGUGGCGCUAGCACAGGACGCACUGGGCUGUGCACGCGCACUGGCGAUACAGUACGUAGAACCGGCGCAGGAUAUGCUGGACCGAGGAGGUGUACUGGAGACCAGGAGCGUUGAGCCGGCACAAGGGUGUUCCAUUUGUCCAGGUGGGAAAGGGCAGUGUGGAGUGCAAUAGAGAUUGCGUCAUCUGUGGAUCUGUUGGGGCGGUAUGCGAAUUGUAGUGGGUCUAGGGUUUCUGGGAUGAUGGUGUUGAUGUGAGCCAUGACCAGCCUUUAAAAGCACUUCAUGGCUACAGACGUGAGUGCUACGGGGCGGUAGUCAUUUUGGCAGGUUACCUUGACGUUCUUGGGCACAGGGACUAUGGUGGUCUGCUUGAAACAUGUAGGUAUUACAGACUCGAUCAGGGAAUGGUUAAAAAUGUCAGUGAAGACACUCGCCAGUUGGUCAGCACAUGCGUCCUGGUAACCCAUCUGGCCCUGCGGCCUUGUGAAUGUUGACCUGUUUAAAGGUCUUACUCACAUCGGCUACGGAGAGCAUGAUCACACAGUCAUCCGGAACAGCUGGUGCUCUCAUGCAUGGUUCAGUGUUGCUUUCCUCGAAGUGAGCAUAGAAGGCAUUUAGCUAAUCUGGUAGGCUCGUGGCACUGGGAAGCUUGCAGCUGGGUUUCCCUUUGUAAUCCGUAAUAGUAUGUAAGCCCUGCCACACCCGACAAACGUCAGAGCCAGUGUAGUAGGAUUCAGUCUUAGUCCUGUAUUGACGGUUUGCCUGUUUGAUGGUUCGGCGGAGGGCAUAGCGGGAUUUCUUAUAAGCGUCUGGAUUAGUAUCCCGCUCCUUGAAAGUGGCAGCUCUAGCCUUUAGCUCAGUGCGGAUGUUGCCUGUAAUCCAUGGCUUCUGGUUGGGAUAUGUAUGUACGGUCACUGUGGGGAAGACGUCAUCAAUGCAUUAUUGAUGAAGCCGGUGACUGAUGUGGUAUACUCCUCAAUGCCAUCGGAUGAAUCCCGGAACAUAUUCCAGUCUGUGCUAGCAAAACAGUCCUGUAGCUUAGCAUCCGCGUCAUCUGACCACUUCCGUAUUGAGCGAGUCACUGGUAAUUCCUGCUUGAGUCUUUUCUUGUAAGCAGGAAUCAGGAAGAUAGAAUUAUGGUCAGAUUUGCCAAAUGGACGUCUCUGUGUGUGGAGUAAAGGUGGUCUAGAUUUGUUUUCCUUUGGUUGCACGUGACAUGUUGGUAGAAAUGAGGUAAAACGGAUGUAAGUUUUCCUGCAUUAAAGUCCCUGGCUACUAGCAGCGUUGCUUCUGGGUGAGCAUUCUCUUGUUUGCUAAUGGCCUUAUACAACUCGUUGAGUGUGGUCUUAGUGCCAGCAUCGGUUUGUGAUGGUAAAUAGACAGCUACAAAAAAUAUAGUAAAUAGUAUGGUCUACAGCUUAUCAUGAUGUACCUCAGGCAAGCAAAACCUAGAGACUUCCUUAAUAAUAGAGAUUGCGCACCAGCUGUUACUGACAAAUAGACACAGACCACUACCCCUCGUCUUACCGAAUGUUACUGUUCUGUCUUGCGAAUCCACGGGAAACCCAGCCAACUGUAUAUUAUCCAUGUCCUCAUUCAGCCACGACUCGGUGAAACAUAAGAUAUUACAGUUUUUAAUGUCCCGUUGGUAGGAUAGUCUGGAAUGGCGCUCAUCCAGUUUAUUCUCCAGUGAUUGCACGUUCGCCAGUAAGACGGAUGGUAAAGGCGAUUAUCCACUCACCAACGAAUUCUCACCAAGCACCCUGUAUCUGCAUGGAUUUGGGCCUGGUCCGGGAGGAGACGUAAAUCUUUCGCCUCUGAUACAUUCAAUAACUUUUUUUCGUUCAGUCCGACGGUGAGUUAUCGCUUUUCUGAUGUCCAGAAGCUCUUUUUGGUCAUAAGAGAUGGUGGCAGAAACAUAAUGUACAUAAAAAGUUACAAACAAUGUAAAAAAAAACACACACACAAUUGGUUACGAACCUGUAUAACGCCAGCCAUCCCGCUGUGAUCCUGGGACAUCACUGAUAACCAGGUCUGGAUGCUUUUAGGACCUUCUCAAGACAUUCAGUGUAUCAGUAGUUAGGUUGUUGCCUAAUGGUCCCAAAGGAACAUUACCACUCCCCAAUGUUUCCUCUAAGCUGAGCGGCCACGCACCUCCUCCUAGGACUGCCGCUCAGAAGAAAUGCCAUGCCAUGCCUCGCAGAGAUGCAAGAGAUUGAACUGCACUGAGUUCACCCCCAUUAGUUUGUACUAUAUAGAUCAACGACAACAAAAAAUAAUCUAACAUUAUAUCAGUCCCUUUUUUAAUGCAACAAACCAAAACAAAUCUAACUUUGCAAGAUUGAGUCUGUGAUUUUGUUGCAGGCAGAGCCGGAGCGCAACGGAGGAGAAUCCUAUUGGCGUCUUUCAAUCACCCAGGAUGGAAUUAACUUUUCAGAUUAGCUUUUUCAGAUCAGAUUAGCGUGUGCACAUUUGUUGAAAUUCUUUGCUAGUUAGCGAGUUAUUAGGCCAGUUAUAGAUAAGUAUAGGUCAGCAAUGGGGAGUUACUGCUUUCUACAAGAGCACAAAACGUGUAGGCUACAUUUCAAACUGUCUUUGAAAAGCCAGUCAGGUAAAAAGCUUAUGUCUUAAUUAAAGGGGCAGUGUUGUAUUUUGAGACAGGCUUGAAUAUGCAAAUAAGCCAAUAGGCAGAGGGGUAGCCUACAUUGCAGUGGUGACCCAUCCUUCAGGGCAGGUGCAGUGCCCCACCUGUUUUGAGCCCCACCUGUUUAGCUAUUUUUUUUUUUUAUGUUGUUGUUGUUGCCUGUUUUGCAUAUCACAUAUCAGUUUGCAAAGAAUGUAAAACAUUUUUUGACUUAAUAAAGCCACAUACAAACAUGGUCUCUUUUUUGCUUUCUUGAGUAAGGCAGCUCCAAAAUGCAGGUGUUUCAGCCUAGCUCAGUGCUUUCUGUGGUGGUGGGGCAGCCAGCGAAAAAUACAGAGCGUAGGGGUUGGUAAUGUUCUCUAGUUGCGCCGUGAUUGGCUCAGUGUUCUGUCACUCGUGGGGACCGUAUGUCACUGCAACAUCUACAGAGUGAGCUAGAAAGUUAAAGCCCCCUUGGGUGCUGCCAUAGAUUUACAGUAGAAGUGUCCAUCCAAGAAGGUUCAAGGUCAUUGGCCACAGAUAAAAUGUCAAAUCACGUUAUAUCUACCGUAGCUUUGAUUGGACUGAUCAUGUCAUCAUCAUACUUUCGAAAUCUUAUCUAGCAAGCUAGACAAGCAGUCAUCAUCAUGAAUCACGUCAAAAAUCAACUGGCAAAUCCUUUUCGAUCUUUGUCAUAUGAAGAGAAAUUAUAGAUAAAACGUAUCGCCAUUGGACAUAAACAUUUCACAACAAGUUGGAAAUCGCAAAUUACACAAUGAGUGGUUUGGAAGGAAUCAGUAGCUAACUGCAAGCGUUGCAAAGCAAUCACUAUUUUGCUUCCUCUGCCUGCUAUUCGGUGGAGAGGGUGUGUGGUCCAAGUCUGGAUUUAAGGGUCUCCUUUCCAAGCUUAAAAUGAUAAAACAUUCACACGCAACACCAUGGACCAGAAAAGGUUGAAUACAUUGGCCAUGCUGUCAAUCCAGCAUGACUUCUGCCGCGUUCAAAACAACUGGAAACCCGGAACUGGGAAAUCGCAGACUUCUGAAAAAAACUAGCUCCGACUGGGAAAAUAAGUUUUGAAUGGUCCUCCAACUCGGAAUUCCAAGUCGGGAAAUCGGGCCUCUUUCUAGAGCUCCGACCUGAAGAUCACUGACGUUAUGAUUCAACCUUGCUUUUUUUCAAGUUCCCAGUUGUCUUGAAAGCACCAUAAAUCCAGAGAAUGACAGACUUUGAUGACAAAGUUUAAUGACAAAAUUUGCCCAAAAGAAGGACUGCCGCACCACCUUCCUGUUCAAGUGAGCACAGCGUCCAAAAAUAUGUAUUGUAUGCUGCUGCAUAAAUGAUGUAAUAUGCCAGGGAGAUAUGUAUACUGUAGCUAAGAAAGUAAUACUAAGUGUAUGUUGUGUAGUAAGCUGUUAGUAGCCCAUGUGCCUCACCCUAAUAAUUUGGUCCCUUUCCCCCCUCAUAAUUUCGCCUACUGUUCUGACUUGGUGGUGCACAUGUAGCCUAUAGCCUGUUUUAGAGAAAUGUAAUCAUCGAAUAUAGUAAGAGCUUCAUUGUCUGCUUAGAUGCCCCCUUUAUUUAUCCUACGGUUCUGACUUGAUGUACAGGGAGAACACUGUAAGAACGGCCCAUGUUCUGAAUUAUUUCGCUGUACAUUUCGAAAGUGCUGAACAAAUUGUUAUAUUGACUACGUCCGUCCCAACUCGCUCAUUAUUGUCUUAAUAGAAAUUACGGAUUGCCUCUUAUCCGCUCAUCGUUCCCUUAUGCCAUAGUUUGGACAUCUCAAUUGUCAGUGGAAACCACAUUUGUUUAACCAAGUCAGCCAUGUUUUUUCAAAAGGCAGUAAAUGAGGCUGAAUGAAAAAAUCAUUAAUUACUGUCAAGCCCUUCAUAAUAUCAAAACAUGCAAUGUAGGCCUGCAUUGAACACCACAUAUAGGCUACUGUAGGCUAUAUCAUAGAAAUCAAAAGCUAUUUCCAUGUGAAAAUGUAAAUGAGAUUUGCUCCAUUGGUUUUGUUGGUAGGCCUACAUUAUGCUUCAGAUAGCCACAAUAACCUGUUGGCUACUGUCUAAAACUGUCAGGGUACAGCCUCAGUGUUCACUGGAAACACAUGCCGGAAGUUGCACAAAAUCCUCACAACGUUAAAGUUUCCGCUCACAAGACCUAAAAUUUGCUCAGUGCCCCAAAGGAUUUGAGGGAACAUUGCCCCUCCCCCCCCCCAAAGAAAAUGUUGACCGACCUACCUGGGCAAGCGCACUCUCGUUUCCAUUACACAUCACCCCUCCUUGUUACUGUUGCAGAACCCAUCAAAGCCCUGAUUGGUGAACCACUGAUGCAUUCACAGCUCUUUGUCUGUUGUCUUUGUCUGUUGGAAACAAACAGCUGAUUUUUGACAUAGAGGGUCCAGCCAAAAGGCAGAAUGCUGUGCUGUGCAUUACCGCUGGAUUUCUACAAAUGUUACAGACGGGAGAUGACGUGCACCUGCGUGUACGUAGCAAACUUACUUGGAACCGAAAACCCACAAGAAUAAACCAGCAGAUCAGUGUCAAGUGAUUAUGACACCAGACAGCUGAAUCUAGGUUCUCUGCUCUCACCCCCAAUGAAAUAUGGACCUAUCAGGAGCAUCAGAAACCAUAAGGCUGAUGAAUGUUAAACUCAUUAGAGUAUAACAAUAUAGAAAUAGAAAAUGUAUUUAAUUCAAACAUUUCACCUUAAAAUUGCUAAAUAAUACAAUAGAAGCCAUUUGAAAUAACCUUUUGAGGUUCCAUUUUCAUUUGAUAAAAAAUAUAGGUUAUAGAACUCAAUCACGACUGUCUUGAUUUAGUUACAUAUUUCAAACAAACAUGGACAGUCCAGGGAUAUUUUACCCCCAAUCUUGAUAAGAAAUGACCAUACCAGACAAUUUUAUUUAAAUACAGAAAUUGGAAACAAAAUAAAAUAAUAUGAGUAGUCUACACCAACAUUAGUGAAAAAUAUAGCGCCACCAGGUGGUGGGGGACUCAGAAAGGUAAUGUGAAAUAUAUAGCGCCACCUGGUGGUGGGGGACUCAGAAAGGUAAAGUAAAAAAAUAUAGCGCCACCUGGUGGUGGGGGACUCAGAAAGGUAAUGUGACAAAUAUAGCGCCACCUGGUGGUGGGGGACUCAGAAAGUUAAAGUAAAAAGAUAUAGCGCCACCUGGUGGUGGGGACUCAGAAAGGUAACGUAAAAAAUAUAGCGCCACCUGGUGGUGGGGGACUCAGAAAGGUAAAGUGAAAAAUAUAGCGCCACCUGGUGGUGGGGGACUCAGAAAGGUAAAGUGAACAAUAUAGCGCCACCUGGUGGUGGGGGACUCAGAACGGUAACGUGAACAAUAUAGCGCCACCUAGUGGUGGGGGACUCAGAAAUGUAACGUGACAAAUAUAGCGCAACCUGGUGAUGGGGGACUCAGAAAGAUAAAGUGAAAAAUAUAGCGCCACCUGGUGGUGGGGGACUCAGAAAGGUAAUGUGAAAAAUAUAGCGCCACCUGGUGGUGGGGGACUCAGAAUGGUAAAGUAGUAAAGUAAAAAAUAUAGCGCCACCUGGUGGUGUGGGACUCAGAAAGGUAAAGUGAAAAAUAUAGCGUCACCUGGUGGUGGGGGACUCAGAAAGGUAAUGUGAAAAAUAUAGCGCCACCUGGUGGUGGGGGACUCAGAAAGGGAAAGUGAAAAAUAUAGCGCCACCUGGUGGUGGGGGACUCAGAAAGGUAAAGUGAAAAAUAUAGCGCCACCUGAUGGUGGGGGACUCAGAAAGAUAAAGUGAAAAAUAUAGCGCCACCUGGUGGUUGGGGACUCAGAAAGGUAAAGUGAAAAAUAUAGCGCCACCUGGUGGUGGGGGACUCAGAAAGGUAAGGUGCCGGUUACUAUAUUUGCACACACUGUAUAUAUAUAUAUUUUCUGUUGUAUUUUUGACUUUAUGUUUUGUUUACCCCAUAUGUAACUCUGUGUUGUUAUUGUUUUUAUCGCACUGCUUUGCUUUAUCUUGGCCAGGUCGCAGUUGUAAAUGAGAACUUGUUCUCAACUGGCUUACCUGGUUAAAUAAAGGUGAAAAUUGUUUUGCAAAAUAAAGAGGCACAAUGAAGAAUAGGACACAGACUCAAGUUUAACCCUUUAUUGCCUCAGAUGAAAGAAUAGUCCAUGAACAGCAGUCUAGUGGGUGGCGUUGUCCUCUCCCUGGAAGAGGUCAUCCUGAGUCUAGCCCGGCCCAGCUCACCUCUUAUGGUCCUUUGUAGCUCAGUUGGUAGAGCGUGGUGCUUGUAAUGCCAGGGUAGCGAGUUCGAAUCCUGGGACCACCUAUACGUAAAAUAUAUGCACGCAUGACUGUAAGUCGCUUUGGAUAAAAGCGUCUGCUAAAUGGCAUGUAUUUUCUACUGGUCCCGGCCUGGCAUUGUAAAUGGUCCAGGGCCAAGGUGGGCAGGGUCAAGUCACGGGUCCUGUGAGAGGUCAGAGGUGUGACCUGUAAUUGGAUACUUUGACACCUCUGGGGUGGAGAUCUCCCCCUGCAGCAGAUCUGUGUCCAAAACAAGAUUUGACUGGAAGAGUUUUCCACCAUUAGUUUUCCAUUCAUACAACGUGUAUGUUUCCAUAGCAAUCACAUUUACAUUUACGUCAUUUAGCAGACGCUCUUAUCCAGAGCGACUUACAAAUUGGUGCAAUAAUCAAAAACUUGAACUAAGUUGUUCUGAUGAUAACACCCACCAGAGGGCGAACAUAUCUUGAAAGACUUUGGUAGCAAGCAGGACUACGUUUUUAGGGAGCGGUAAUGAGGUGACCAAUAAUGGUUGCAAUUGAGAUCAACUGUGCGGGUGAAUUUAUAGCGCGUAUUGAAGGUUUAACGAGAGAUAAACUGGUGAUGAUCUCAGUGGUAAACUACAUUUUAGAUCAACUGGUGAUAAUCUCAGUGGUCAACUACAUUUUAGAUCAACUGGUGAUAAUCUCAGUGGUAAACUACAUUUUAGAUCAACUGGUGAUAAUCUCAGUGGUAAACUAAACUUUAGAUCAACUGGUGAUAAUCUCAGUGGUAAACUACAUUUUAGAUCAACUGGUGAUAAUCUCAGUGGUAAACUACAUUUUAGAUCAACUGGUGAUAAUCUCAGUGGUCAACUAAACUUUAGAUCAACUGGUGAUAACCUCAGUGGUAAACUAAACUUUAGAUCAACUGGUCAUAAUCUCAGUGUUAAAAACAUUUUAGAUCAACUGGUGAUAACCUCAGUGGUAAACUACAUUUUAGAUCAACUGGUGAUAAUCUCAGUGGUAAACUACAUUUUAGAUCAACUGGUGAUAAUCUCAGUGGUAAACUACAUUUUAGAUCAACUGGUGAUAAUCUCAGUGGUCAACUACAUUUUAGAUCAACUGGUGAUAAUCUCAGUGGUAAACUACAUUUUAGAUCAACUGGUGAUAAUCUCAGUGGUCAACUAAACUUUAGAUCUUUACAGUACGGAGCUGUAGACACACAUCAUUCAUCUCUUUACAGUACGGAGCUGUAGACACACAUCAUUCAUCUCUUUACAGUACGGAGCUGUAGACACACAUCACUCAUCUCUUUACAGUACGGAGCUGUAGACACACAUCACUCAUCUCUUUACAGUACGGAGCUGUAGACACACAUCACUCAUCUCUUUACAGUACGGAGCUGUAGACACACAUCAUUCAUCUCUUUGUGGACAUUCAGAGAAAGAGGUCACAUCCAACAGAAUGGUUGUUUAAUCAGUGUGUGUGUGUACAGGUGCUCCUGGGAUGAACAGAGCUUUCCAUGUAUCUGUGUAGAGCGUUGAAGAGGUCUGGAUCAGCAGGUGAAGUUCACUGCUCACGUCAUCUGCAGCCCUCACACAAGGACACCUGUUAGAGCCUCUGAUAAGAAGCAGAUAUUCCUUUUUUUUUUUUUCUCUCUCUCUCUCUCUCUCUCUCUCUCUCUCUCUCAAUUUAAGGGCUUUAUUGGCAUGGGAAACAUAUGUUAACAUUGCCAAAGCAAGUGAAGUAGAUCAACAAUAAAUAUUAACAGUAAACAUUACACUCAGAAGUUCAAUUUCAAUUUUCAAUUCAAUUUAAGGGCUUUAUUGGCAUGGGAAACGUGUGUUAACAUUGCCAAAGCAAGUGAAGUAGAUAGUAAACAAAAGUGAAAUAAACAAUAAAUAUUAACAGUAAACAUUACACUCAGAAGUUUCAAAAGAAUAAAGACAUUUCAAAUGUCAUAUUAUGUAUAUAUACAGUGUUGUCAGUCAGGGAAGAUUGAGAGAGAGGGAGAGCCCAUUACAAGUUCAAUCUGACUGAGUAUCCAUGUAUAACUGCUGAACUGGAACCCUCCUAUCCAGCAAGCCUCUGGGUCAGAAAUAAAAAUUGUAAGGUGUGAAGGUUUUUAAUCUUUGAUGCUUGAAACUUGGUAAUCUUUUAAUAGGGGUUUGAAGGCAGGCCUGCGGGCAAUGUUGUACGAUGUAGUCAAUAUCAACCAAAUAAAUAUUGAAUCUAUGUAAAUCUAUAUCUCAUAAUAAGUCAGAACAGUGAAGCGCAACACAGGAACGUGUUGCACACCGUACAUGUAUUCUCAUCACUCAAAUGCAUGAUUGUACGCACACACACGCGCUCGAGCGAACAAACACACACACAGGCAAACACACUCUCUCUCUCUCUCUCUCUCUCUCUCUCUCUCUCUCUCUCUCUCUCUCUCUCUCUCUCUCUCUCUCUCUCUCUCUCUCUCUCUCUCUCUCUCUCUCUCUCUCUCUCUCUCUCUCUCUCUCUCUCUCUCUCUCUCACUGUAAUCACUGAAGGAUUAUCAGUAACCCUGUUUCUAUGAAGAACCGUUACAGAUGCUCCAGGACCUCUCAAGAUGAAAGACUGUUGUUUUGCUGUGUGAUCUUUUUCUAGGAAAUGCAACUCAUCUCCCUUUUCUCAUUACGAUCAACUAAAGUAUUCUAACAAUCCUCAAAAGCUGUGUGAAUUGAAAUGUUCACUGCUCGUUCAUUUCUAAUGAUUGCUUGUUUGUUGGUUUGUCCAUUUGUUUUCAUGUGUGUGUGCAUGCGUGCACUGUGUGUGUGUGUGUCAGAAAAUAACAGUAAAUAAAUGGGUUUUCUCUGCAGCAUGGAAAAAUACAAAGUAACGCUCAGGAGGGAGCCCACCUUGAUAUAAUCAACCAUUACUCCAAUCAAUCUGUGGACAUUCAUCUCAGCAGGGAGCCCACCUUGAUAUAAUCAACCAUUCCUCCAAUCAAUCUGUGGACAUUCAUCUCAGCAGUCUGGAAUCGGUCCAUUUAAAAUCAGAAAACUACAUGUCAUGUAGGAGUACAGUACAUUGAGGUAAGAGGCUCAACUCACUUGCAUGCAGGUACAGUACAUUACUGUAUAAAUGGGCCAUGCAGGUACAGUACAUUACUGUAUAAAUGGGCCAUGCAGGUACAGUACUUUACUGUAUAAAUGGGCCAUGCAGGUACAGUACUUUACUGUAUAAAUGGGCCAUGCAGGUACAGUACAUUACUGUAUAAAUGGGCCAUUAGGCGGCAUGUAGCUCAGUGGUUAAGAGCGUUGUGCCAGUAACCGAAAGGUCGCUGGUUCUAAUCCCCGAGCCGACUAGGUGAAAAAUCUGUCUAUGUGCCCUUGAGCAAGGCACUUAACCCUAAUUGCUCCUGUAAGUCGCUCUGGAUAAGAGCGUCUGCUAAAUGACCUAUUUAUUUAUUUCAACACAAACACUAGGGAUGCAUCACAAAUGGCUCCCUGUUUAAUGCACUACUUUUGACCAGAUCCCUAUGGGCUAUGUAGGGAGUAGGGUGUCAUUUGGGAUGCACACGGUUCAGGCUGUGGCUGUUGGCCUUCAGAUUGUUUGGACCAUUACUCACUAGGCUGAGCUAUUCUACAGCAUUGUCUUUUUGAUCACAUUAAAGGAGAUAUAUGGAAUAUUUUUUUGCAUUGUAAUUCCUGAAAAUGUCCUUAAUAUACAUCUUGUUGACAAGUCAUGGUCCUCUGUAGCUCAGCUGGUAGAGCACGGUGCUUGUAACGCCAAGGUAGUGGGUUCGAUCCCCGGGACCACCCAUACACAAAAAUGUAUGCACGCAUGACUGUAAGUCGCUUUGGAUAAAAGCGUCUGCUAAAUGGCAUAUUAUUGUUAUUAUAAGUCGAUAACAAGAGAUUUGCUGGCCCCAGUCAAUUUGACAACAAGAGACGGUUCGUUGUUGAAUUGUAACAUGCAGUCACUAUUAUUAUAUUUGUGUUGUGGCAACCCGUUGCCUAGACCCAUUGGAUUAACCCAACUCAAAAUAUAUCUUUGUUCAAUACUUAGAGUAAUACAGUGACAUCUCCACCUAUAUGGCUAUCUUUUAAGUUGGAAGUACUUAAGUGUUUUGAGUUUCAUGAACUUUUUGACACUAAAUUACAUGACGUAUUCUGAACUACAACACUUGAAGUUACUUGAACAUUAAUAUUUAUUCUAGGGAACAUUAAAAUGUAGGGUACCUUCUACUUCAAUUAUUAACCUUCAUUACUUUUAUUUAUUUCAUGUGUAAGUAGUAAGUAGUUCUGAUUAGUAAUGUUCAGUGGUCGUGUCUUAAUGUUGAACAUUGUUUCAUGUAUUUGACCAUUUCAACCCAGCUUGGCAGUCAUUGUUGAACACAGUGUUCAUUCCUCUAGCAGUAACUAGAGGUAGAGCUGUAACCAGUCAUUGUUGAACACAGUGCUCAUUCCUCUAGCAGUAACUGGAGGUAGAGAUGCUGUAACCAGUCAUUGUUGAACACAGUGCUCAUUCCUCUAGCAGUAACUGGAGGUAGAGAUGCUGUAACCAGUCAUUGUUGAACACAGUGCUCAUUCCUCUAACAGUAACUGGAGGUAGAGAUGCUGUAACCAGUCAUUGUUGAGCACAGUGCUCAUUCCUCUAGCAGUAACUGGAGGUAGAGAUGCUGUAACCAGUCAUUGUUGAGCACAGUGCUCAUCCUCUAGCAGUAACUGGAGGUAGAGAUGCUGUAACCAGUCAUUGUUGAACACAGUGCUCAUUCCUCCAACAGUAACUGGAGGCAGAGCUGUAACCAGUCAUUGUUGAACACAGUGCUCAUUCCUCUAACAGUAACUGGAGGUAGAGAUGCUGUAACCAGUCAUUGUUGAACACAGUGCUCAUCCUCUAGCAGUAACUGGAGAUAGAGAUGCUGUAACCAGUCAUUGUUGAGCCCAGUGCUCAUUCCUCCAACAGUAACUGGAGGCAGAGCUGUAACCAGUCAUUGUUGAACACAGUGCUCAUUCCUCUAACAGUAACUGUAGGUAGAGAUGCUGUAACCAGUCAUUGUUGAACACAGUGCUCAUUCCUCUAACAGUAACUGGAGGUAGAGAUGCUGUAACCAGUCAUUGUUGAACACAGUGCUCAUUCCUCUAGCAGUAACUGGAGGUAGAGAUGCUGUAACCAGUCAUUGUUGAACACAGUGCUCAUUCCUCUAGCAGUAACUGGAGGUAGAGAUGCUGUAACCAGUCAUUGUUGAACACAGUGCUCAUUCCUCUAGCAGUAACUAGAGGUAGAGAUGCUGUAACCAGUCAUUGUUGAGCACAGUGCUCAUUCCUCUAGCAGUAACUGGAGGUAGAGAUGCUGUAACCAGUCAUUGUUGAACACAGUGCUCAUUCCUCCAACAGUAACUGGAGGUAGAGCUGUAACCAGUCAUUGUUGAACACAGUGCUCACUCCUCUAACAGUAACUGGAGGUAGAGAUGCUGUAACCAGUCAUUGUUGAGCCCAGUGCUCAUUCCUCCAGCAGUAACUGGAGGUAGAGAUGCUGUAACCAGUCAUUGUUGAGCCCAGUGCUCAUUCCUCCAGCAGUAACUGGAGGUAGAGAUGCUGUAACCAGUCAUUGUUGAACACAGUGCUCAUUCCUCUAGCAGUAACUGGAGGUAGAGAUGCUGUAACCAGUCAUUGUUGAGCCCAGUGCUCAUUCCUCCAGCAGUAACUGGAGGUAGAGAUGCUGUAACCAGUCAUUGUUGAACACAGUGCUCAUUCCUCUAGCAGUAACUGGAGGUAGAGAUGCUGUAACCAGUCAUUGUUGAACACAGUGCUCAUUCCUCUAGCAGUAACUGGAGGUAGAGAUGUAACCAGUCAUUGUUGAACACAGUGCUCAUUCCUCUAGCAGUAACUGAAGGUAGAGCUGUAACCAGUCAUUGUUGAGCACAGUGCUCAUUCCUCUAGCAGUAACUGUAGGUAGAGCUGUAACCAGUCAUUGUUGAACACAGUGCUCAUUCCUCUAACAGUAACUGGAGGUAGAGAUGCUGUAACCAGUCAUUGUUGAGCACAGUGCUCAUUCCUCUAACAGUAACUGGAGGUAGAGAUGCUGUAACCAGUCAUUGUUGAACACAGUGCUCAUUCCUCUAACAGUAACUGGAGGUAGAGAUGCUGUAACCAGUCAUUGUUGAACACAGUGCUCAUUCCUCCAACAGUAACUGGAGGCAGAGCUGUAACCAGUCAUUGUUGAACACAGUGCUCAUUCCUCUAACAGUAACUGGAGGUAGAGAUGUAACCAGUCAUUGUUGAACACAGUGCUCAUUCCUCUAGUAGUAACUGGAGGUAGAGAUGUAACCAGUCAUUGUUGAGCACAGUGCUCAUUCCUCUAGCAGUAACUGGAGGUAGAGAUGUAACCAGUCAUUGUUGAACACAGUGCUCAUUCCUCUAGCAGUAACUGGAGGUAGAGAUGCUGUAACCAGUCAUUGUUGAGCACAGUGCUCAUUCCUCUAGCAGUAACUGGAGGUAGAGAUGCUGUAACCAGUCAUUGUUGAACACAGUGCUCAUUCCUCUAACAGUAACUGGAGGUAGAGAUGCUGUAACCAGUCAUUGUUGAGCACAGUGCUCAUUCCUCUAGCAGUAACUGGAGGUAGAGAUGCUGUAACCAGUCAUUGUUGAGCACAGUGCUCAUUCCUCUAGCAGUAACUGGAGGUAGAGAUGCUGUAACCAGUCAUUGUUGAACACAGUGCUCAUUCCUCUAGCAGUAACUGGAGGUAGAGAUGCUGUAACCAGUCAUUGUUGAACACAGUGCUCAUUCCUCUAGUAGUAACUGGAGGUAGAGCUGUAACCAGUCAUUGUUGAACACAGUGCUCAUUCCUCCAACAGUAACUGGAGGUAGAGCUGUAACCAGUCAUUGUUGAACACAGUGCUCACUCCUCUAACAGUAACUGGAGGUAGAGAUGCUGUAACCAGUCAUUGUUGAACACAGUGCUCAUUCCUCUAGCAGUAACUGGAGGUAGAGAUGCUGUAACCAGGCAUUGUUGAACACAGUGCUCAUUCCUCCAGCAGUAACUGGAGAUAGCACUGUAAGCAUUUCAGGAUGCUGCACUAGCCUCUGUCAUUAAGAGUGGAGUGCACGACCUUGUUGAUGGUGGGAAUGGCUUGUCUCAUUAUUGAACGUCAAUUUACCUGCUGGUCUUGAUAUGAUUGAUAUUGAUAUGAUUACACCUCAUAGCACAGCAAACCUCUUAAAGCAAUUUUACAUAAUAGAAUAAAGUAAGAACAACUGAUUGAAUAAAUGUUAGAUUGACUUUAAAAUAUUAAAUAAUCGUAACUUGUAAAAACUCAAUAACUUUAGAUUAGCAGAACACAAAUAAAUAAAGUUAUAUUUACUCAAUUACCUAAUAUUUGUUACAUGAUUUUGAGUUCUACUGACAGUUGGAGAUGUUUAAGUAGCCACUACUCAGUUUCUUUAAUGGUGUUAGGCAGUACAUUUUUACAGUGUAUGUUUAAAUGUUUUUAGUCAAUGUAAUGUGUAUAUGUCAAUAAAGGGAAUCCCACCUAUAUCCCGUGGCGCAUCUCUUUGAAUACACUCCUGACAUGAAAUACAGUGGGGGAAAAAAGUAUUUAGUCAGCCACCAAUUGUGCAAGUUCUCCCACUUAAAAAGAUGAGAGAGGCCUGUCAUUUUCAUCAUAGGUACACGUCAACUAUGACAGACAAAUUGAGAAAAAAGAAUCCAGAAAAUCACAUUGUAGGAUUUUUAAUGAAUUUAUUUGCAAAUUAUGGUGGAAAAUAAGUAUUUGGUCACCUACAAACAAGCAAGAUUUCUGGCUCUCACAGACCUGUAACUUCUUCUUUAAGAGGCUCCUCUGUCCUCCACUCGUUACCUGUAUUUAUGGCACCUGUUUGAACUUGUUAUCAGUAUAAAAGACACCUGUCCACAACCUCAAACAGUCACACUCCAAACUCCACUAUGGUCAAGACCAAAGAGCUGUCAAAGGACACCAGAAACAAAAGUGUAGACCUGCACCAGGCUGGGAAGACUGAAUCUGCAAUAGGUAAGCAGCUUGGUUUGAAGAAAUCAACUGUGGGAGCAAAUAUUAGGAAAUGGAAGACAUACAAGACCACUGAUAAUCUCCCUCGAUCUGGGGCUCCACGCAAGAUCUCACCCCGUGGGGUCAAAAUGAUCACAAGAACGGUGAGCAAAAAUCCCAGAACCACACGGGGGGACCUAGUGAAUGACCUGCAAAGAGCUGGGACCAAAGUAACAAAGCCUACCAUCAGUUACACACUACUCCGCCAGGGACUCAAAUCCUGCAGUGACAGACGUGUCCCCCUGCUUAAGCCAGUAAAUGUCCAGGCCCGUCUGAAGUUUGCUAGCGUGCAUUUGGAUGAUCCAGAAGAGGAUUGGGAGAAUGUCAUAUGGUCAGAUGAAACCAAAAUAUAACUUUUUGGUAAAAACUCAACUCAUCAUGUUUGGAGGACAAAGAAUGCUGAGUUGCAUCCAAAGAACACCAUACCUACUGUGAAGCAUGGGGGUGGAAACUUCAUGCUUUGGGGCUUUUUUUCUGCAAAGGGACCAGGACGACUGAUCCGUGUAAAGGAAAGAAUGAAUGGGGCCAUGUAUCGUGAGAUUUUGAGUGAAAACCUCCUUCCAUCAGCAAGGGCAUUGAAGAUGAAACGUGGCUGGGUCUUUUAGCAUGACAAUGAUCCCAAACACACCUCCCGGGCAACGAAGGAGUGGCUUCGUAAGAAGCAUUUCAAGGUCCUGGAGUGGCCUAGCCAGUCUCCAGAUCUCAACCCCAUAGAAAAUCUUUGGAGGGAGUUGAAAGUCCGUGUUGCCCAGCGACAGCCCCAAAACAUCACUGCUCUAGAGGAGAUCUGCAUGGAGGAAUGGGCCAAAAUACCAGCAACAGUGUGUGAAAACCUUGUGAAGACUUACAGAAAACGUUUGACCUGUGUCAUUGCCAACAAGGGGUAUAUAACAAAGUAUUGAGAAACUUUUGUUAUUGACCAAAUACUUAUUUUCCACCAUAAUUUGCAAAUAAAUUCAUAAAAAAUCCUACAAUGUGAUUUUCUGGAUUUUUUUUUCUCAUUUAGUCUGUCAUAGUUGACGUGUACCUAUGAUGAAAAUGACAGGCCUCUCUCAUCUUUUUAAGUGGGAGAACUUGCACAAUUGGUGGCUGACUAAAUACUUUUUUCCCCCACUGUAUGGUUUUAGGACGAACAUACAGUGCCUUCGGAAAGUAUUCCGUAUUGACUUUUUCCACAUUUUGUUACGUCACAGCCUUAUUCUAAAAUGGAUUAAAUUUUUUUACAAUCCUCAGCAAUCUACACACAAUACCCCAUAAUGACAUGAAAACAUACAUGAAAUGAGUUUGAGUAGGAAAUAUAGCAAAAUGCAUAGGAAAAGUAGUCAUUGACAAGGUUAGAAAUAAUGAUUUUUAAUAGAAAUAAUAAUUGUGUCCUUCAAACUUUGCUUUCGUCAAAGAAUCCUCCAUUUGCAGCAAUUACAGCCUUGCAGACCUUUGGCAUUCUAGUUGUCAAUUUGUUGAGGUAAUCUGAAGCGAUUUCACCCCAUGCUUCCUGAAGCACCUCCCACAAGUUGGAUUGGCUUGAUGAGCACUUCUUACGUACCAUACAGACAAGCUGCUCCCACAACAGCUCAAUAGGGUUGAGAUCUGGUGACUGUGCUGGCCACUCCAUUAUAGACAGAAUACCAGCUGACUGCUUCUUCCCUAAAUAGUUAUUGCAUAGUUUGGAGCUGUGCUUUGGGUCACUGUCCUGUUGUAGGAUUGGCUCCAAUCAAGCGCCGUCCACAGGGUAUGGCAUGGUAUUGCAAAAUGGAGUGAUAGCCUUCCUUCUUCAAGAUCCCUUUUACCCUGUACAAAUCUCCCACUUUACCACCACCAAAGCACCCCCAGACCAUCACAUUGCCUCCACCAUGCUUGACAGAUGGCAUCAAGCACUCCUCCAGUAUCUUUUCAUUUGGUCUGCGUCUCACAAAUGUUAUUCUUUGUGAUCCGAACACCUCGAACUUCGAUUCGUCUGUCCAUAGCACGUUUUUCCAAUCUUCCUCUGUCCAGUGUCUGUGUUCUUCUGCCCAUCUUAAUCUUUUCUUUUUAUUGGCCAGUCUCAGAUAUGGCUUUUUCUUUGCAACUCUGCCUAGAAGGUCAGCAUCCCAGAGUCGCCUCUUCACUGUUGACGUUGAGACUGGUGUUUUGUGGGUACUAUUUAAUGAAGCUGCCAGUUGAGGACCUGUGAGAAGUCUGUUUCUCAAACUAGACACUCUAAUGUAUUUGUCCUCUUGCUCAGCUGUGCACCGGGGCCUCCCACUCCUCUUUCUAUUCUGGUUAGAGACAGUUUGCGCUGUUCUGUGAAGGGACCCUUUGCUAUGAGAAUCGAAAUUGAGCUCAGUUGCAUCCUGUUUCCAUUGAUCAUCCUUGAGAUGUUUCUACAACUUGAUUGGAGUCCACCUGUGGUAAAUUCAAUUGAUUGGACAUGAUUUGGAAACGCACACCUGUCUAUAUAAAGUCCCACAGUUCACAGUGCAUGUCAGAGCAAAAACCAAGCCAUGAGGUCGAAGGAAUUGUCCGUAGAGCUCCGAGACAGGAUUGUGUCGAGGCACAGAUCUGGGGAAGGGUACAAAAACAUUUCUGCAACAUUGAAGGUCCCCAAGAACACAGUGGCCCCCAAUGGAAGAAGUUUGGAACCACCAAGACUCUUCCUAGAGCUGGCCGCUCGGCCAAACUGAGAAAUUGGGGGAGAAGGGCCUUGGUCAGGGAGGUGACCAAGAACCCAAUGGUCACUCUGACAGAGCUCCAGAGUUCCUCUGUGGAGAUGGGAGAAUUUUCCAGAAGGACAACCAUCCCUGCAGCACUCCACCAAUCAGGUCUUUAUGGUACAGUGGCCAGACGGAAGCCACUCCUCGGUAAAAGGCACAUGACAGCACGCUUGGAGUUUGCCAAAAGGCACUUAAAGUCUCUCAGACCAUGAGAAACAAGAUUCUUUGGUCUGAUGAAACCAAGAUUGAAUUCUUUGGCCUGAAUGCCAAGCAUCAUGUCUGGAGGAAACCUGGCACCAUCCCUACGGUGAAGCAUGGUAGUGGCAGCAUCAUGCUGUGGGAAUGUUUUUCAGCGGCAGGGAUUGGGAGACUAGUCAGGAUCGAGGGAAAGUUGAACACAGCAAAGUACAGAGAGAUCCUUGAUGAAAACCUGCUCCAGAGCGCUCAGGACCUCAGACUAGGGCGAAGGUUCACCUUCCAACAGGACAACGAUCCUAAGCACACAGCCAAGACAACACAGGAGUGGCUUUGGGACAAGUCUCUGAAUGUCCUUGAGUGACCCAGCCAGAGCCCGGACUUGAACCCGAUCGAACAUCUCUGGAGAGACCUGAAAAUAGCUGUGCAGCGACGCUCCCCAUCCAACCUGACAGAGUUGAGAGGAUCUGCAGAGAAGAAUGUGAGAAACUCCCCAAAUACAUGUGUGCCAAGCUUGUAGCAUCAUACCCAAGAAGACUCGAGGCUGUAAUCGCUGUCAAAGGUGCUUCAACAAAGUACUGAGUAAAGGGUCUGAAUACUUAUGUAAAUGUAAAUUUUUGCUUUGUCAUUAUGGGGUAUUGUGUGUAGAUUGAUGAGGGGAAUUUUAAAAAAUCAAUUUUAGAAUAAGGCUGUAACCUAACAAAAUGUGGAAAACGUCAAGGGGUCUGAAUACUUUCCGAAGGCACUGUAUAGUAGUUUUGCCACACGCUAACAACUGCCCCUUGAGGAUUAUUUAAGUCAUUGAAUUGAUUUGAAUGAAAUUAAGUCAGUAAUAGCAAAAUCACAUUUCAAUAAUUGAAUAUAUAUAUAUAUACACAUACAUACAUAUAUACAUAUAUAUAUAUAUAUAUAUAUAUAUAUAUAUAUAUAUAUAUAUAUAUAUAUAUAUACAGUACCGUUCAAAAGUUUGGACACACCUACUCAUUCAAGGGUUUUUCUUUAUUUCUACUAUUUUCUACAUUGUAGAAUAAUAGUGAAGACAUAAAAACUAUGAAAUAAGACAUUUGGAAUCAUGUAGUAAUCGAAGAAGUGUUAAACAAAUCAAUAUAUAUUUGAGAUUCUUCAAAGUAGCUGUCAUCAAGGCAAAAGGUGGCUACUUUGAAGAAUCUCAAAUAUAAAAUAUAUUUGGAUUUGUUUAACACUUUUUUGGUUACUACAUGAUUCCAUAAGUGUUUUUCAUAGUUUUGAUGUCUUCCCUAUUAUUCUACAAUGUAGAAAAUAGUAAAAAUAAAGAAAAACUGCUGAAUGAGUAGGUGUGUCCAAACUUUUGACGGGUACUGAAUAUACAGUGGGGAAAAAAAGUAUUUAGUCAGCCACCAAUUGUGCAAGUUCUCCCACUUAAAAAGAUGAUACCAUAAUUUGCAAAUAAAUUCAUAGAAAAUCCUACAAUGUGAUUUUCUGGAUUUUUCUUUCUCAAUUUGUCUGUCAUAGUUGAUGUGUACCUAUGAUGAAAAUUACAGGCCUCUCUCAUCUUUUUAAGUGGGAGAACUUGCACAAUUGGUGGCUGACUAAAUACUUUUUUCCCCCACUGUAUAUCUUUCAAUGGAGAAGCUAUUAAUUCCAAAAGUUUUUCAAUUUUAGAAUUUUUACUUAAAAUCAGUAUCUGAAUUGAGUGACUUCAAUUCAAAUGGACCCUAACACAGCUGUACACUAUUGCAAACAAAACAUAAAUCUUAUGCAGUACAAUACGACAUCACUUUUUUUACAUAAUUAACUUCUCUUGAUGUGUGACUGCUGUCCUUAAGAGGGGAAACGGUCUUAAUCUCAUUCUGUGUUUUCAUGGUCACAUUUCAGGUCUUUGUCCAAAAGGCAAGAAUGCUCAGAAACCUCUGGAAUGCCUCAUUCACGGCAUUACAGGUCCAUCCCACCGAGUCUCUCACACACACACACACACACACACACACACACACACACACACACACACACACACCCUCGCACACCCUCGCACACACACACACACACACACACACACACACACACACACACACACACACACACACACACACACACACACACACACACACACACCCUCGCACUCACACACACACACACACACACACACACACCCUCGCACACACACACCACACCACACACACACACACACACACACACACACACACACACACACACACACACACCCACCCUCGCACACACACACACACACACACACACACACACACACACACACACACACACUUCCCUUGACAAGCAGUGAGUAAAGUGUAUAAACAUUCUGUUGUUUGGCCUCCAUUAUCUUCCAAUGGCCUUUGAUCCACUAUGUAAUAUCAAAUCAAAUCAAAAGUUAUUGGUCACAUACACGUGUUUAGCAGAUGUUAUUGCGGGUGUAGCGAAAUGCUUGUGAUUCUAGCUCCGACAGUGCAGUAAUAUCUAACAAGUAAUAUCUAACAAUUUCACAACAUAUACCCAAUACACACAAGUCUAGUAAGGUAAUGGAAUUUAAGAAUAUAUACAUAUAUGGACAAGCAAUGGCAGAGCAGCAUGGACUAAGAUGCAGUAGAAUAUUAUAGAAUAGAAUACAGUAUACAGUGAGGGAAAAAAGUAUUUGAUCCCCUGCUGAUUUUGUACGUUUGCCCACUGACAAAGAAAUGAUCCGUCUAUAAUUCUAAUGGUAGAUGGUAGGUUUAUUUGAACAGUGAGAGACAGAAUAACAACAAAGAAAUCCAGAAAAAUGCAUGUCAAAAAUGUUAUAAAUUGAUUUGCAUUUUAAUGAGGGAAAUAAGUAUUUGACCCCUCUGCAAAACAUGGCUUAGUAUUUGGUGGCAAAACCCUUGUUGGCAAUCACAGAGGUCAGACGUUUCUUGUAGUUGGCCACCAGGUUUGCACACAUCUCAGGAGGGAUUUUGUCCCACUCCUCUUUGCAGAUCUUCUCCAAGUCAUUAAGGUUUCGAGGCUGACGUUUGGCAACUCGAACCUUCAGCUCCCUCCACAGAUUUUCUAUGGGAUUAAGGUCUGGCUAGGCUACUCCAGGACCUUAAUGUGCUUCUUCUUGAGCCACUCCUUUGUUGCCUUGGCCGUGUGUUUUGGGUCAUUGUCAUGCUGGAAUACCCAUCCACGACCCAUUUUCAAUGCCCUGGCUGAGGGAAGGAGGUUCUCACCCAAGAUUUGACGGUACAUGGCCCCAUCCAUCGUCCCUUUGAUGCGGUGAAGUUGUCCUAUCCCCUUAGCAGAAAAACACCCCCAAAGCAUAAUGUUUCCACCUCCAUGUUUGACGGUGGGGAUGGUGUUCUUGGGGUCAUAGGCAGCAUUCCUCCUCCUCCAAACACGGCGAGUUGAGUUGAUGCCAAAGAGCUCCAUUUUGGUCUCAUCUGACCACAACACUUUCACCCAGUUCUCCUCUGAAUCAUUCAGAUGUUCAUUGGCAAACUUCAGACGAGCCUGUAUAUGUGCUUUCUUGAGCAGGGGGACCUUGCGGGCGCUGCAGGAUUUCAGUCCUUCACAGCAUAGUGUGUUACCAAUUGUUUUCUUGGUGACUAUGGUCCCAGCUGCCUUGAGAUCAUUGACAAGGUCCUCCUGUGUAGUUCUGGGCUGAUUCCUCACCGUUCUCAUGAUCAUUGCAACUCCACAAGGUGAGAUCUUGCAUGGAGCCCCAGGCCGAGGGAGAUUGACAGUUCUUUUGUGUUUCUUCCAUUUGCAAAUAAUCGCACCAACUGUUGUCACCUUCUCACCAAGCUGCUUGGCGAUGGUCUUGUAGCCCAUUCCAGCCUUGUGUAGGUCUACAAUCUUGUCCCUGACAUCCUUGGAGAGCUCUUUGGUCUUGGCCAUGGUGGAGAGUUUGGAAUUUGAUUGAUUGAUUGCUUCUGUGGACAGGUGUCUUUUAUACAGGUAACAAGCUGAGAUUAGGAGCACUCCCUUUAAGAGUGUGCUCCUAAUCUCAGCUCGUUACCUGUAUAAAAGACACCUGGGAGCCAGAAAUCUUUCUGAUUGAGAGGGGGUGAAAUACUUAUUUUCCUGAUUAAAAUGCAAAUCAAUGUAUAACGUUUUUGAGAUGCGUUUUUCUGGAUUUUGUUGUUGUUAUUCUGUCUCUCACUGUUCAAAUAAACCUACCAUUAAAAUUAUAGACUGAUCAUUUCUUUGUCAGUGGGCAAACGUACAAAAUCAGCAGGGGAUCAAAUACUUUUUCCCCCUCACUGUAUAUAGUGCAAUAUAUGUAAACAUUAUUAAAGUGACUAGUGUUCCAUUUCUUAAAGUGGCCAGUGGCAGCAUUGGAAUAGCAGUUGAAAUGUGACGUAUGAGGUGAAAUGUUUUUGUUGUGGAGAACAUAAAUAUGUCAUGAGAAGUGUUGACAACCAAUGUCAGUGGUGACGACCAAACACAACUUUGAUUUGAUUUCAUCCCAGUAGUUCAUCAACGGAUGGUUCACUGAACCAUGUGUUCUACUAUGGUCAAUAACAGAAAAAGUUUGUGUGAAAUAACAGGUUCUACAAGUUAUUGGAGAACAUUUUAGAAAAGACAGCACAACACCAUAGCAUGACCCUCAAGUCCUUUGUUUGGGACGGGGCUAAGAGCUUUCAUUUACUGGCAGCAGUCUGAGAGAAAGGACUAUAGAGACUCUAUCUAUAGAAGUGCCCAGUGCAUCAUUGAACAUCUUGAACUACAAUAGCAAGGACAUAGAGAUCAAUAGUAGAGAGGUAAAUGAGAGAACAUAUUUUUCAGGGUGGGGUUCAACCACAGUCGGCUUCAACCACAGUCGGGUUCAACCACAGAUCAGGUGCACUGUGUGUCCAUGACAACCCUCCAUCGCCUCCAUUCCAUCUCCUCAGAGGAGAAACAUUCUGAAAUUAUUAUUUCCAUUGCCACCCACAUAAGCUUUCCAAAACUAUAGCUGCUGCAUGGUUAUUACUUCCUAUAUCAGGGGCCGAGUAUCAAAUGGGACCCUACUCCUUCCCUAUAUAGUGCACUACUUUUGACCAAAUCCCUAUGUGCCCUGGUCUAGAGUAGUGCACUAUAAAGGGAAUAGGGUACCAUUUGGGACUCAGACAGGUUCACUGUUUUCUGCCUUUUUCUUUUAGCUUAUUAAUGAUAAUAGCCGAUAAUUAUGUGCAAAUUAAACCCAUGGAGGUUGAUGUGAUGUGUGAAGUGGAAUAUAAAACAUUGGAGAGGGGCAAGCCGAGGCACUUUACCUCUUUUAGAUUACAGCCCUCAAUUGACGAGAGGUUUUAAAAUGUCUCUAUCCCCCUCUAUGACCAAUUCAUUCUGACUCCAGGUAGCGAUGGUUCAUAGCAACAGUCAUUACAAGUUCCCUGCACAUUCUGCUGCAGAAUUCACAGAACAGAGAGUACAUAGUGUAGCCUAUGUAUAUUUACAUUACAUAUAUAUCAACUGUACAAUAUGGAGUUUGGUAUAGUUAAUGUUGAGGAUGUAAUGACCAGAGCGGUGGUUCCCAACCAGGGGUACUAGGACCCCUUGGGGUACUGUACUUAGCCUAUCCACAGGGGGUACUUGAGAAGACUCAAUAGACCAUAGGCUUACUGGUAAAAUGCACAUGCGGGGGUAUUUCAGGGGUACUGCGGAGAGAGCAGAACUCAGUUGGUAGUACAGUAAAUGAUAAAGGGGCCAGAGAAUAUGCAGAGACAAAGCUGCAGAGAAAAACUAAAAAAAAAACGGGAAAACAGUUUUUUGAAAACAUUGGCAUUGGAAAAGCGUUGGCCACAUGCUCUCUGUAAUGACGGGGGUUUUCUGCAGCACAGUUAUGAGAACCCUGCAAUAGACUGGCGUCUUGUCCAGGGGCUGCACCUGUACACCAGGCUGCUCCACGCUACAAAACCAGGAGAGCUCCAGCACCUAUGAGCUGUUCUGGUUCACACGAGACAAUCUGUCGAUGUGCCCUUGAGCAAGGCACUUAACCCUAAUUGCUCCUGUAAGUCGCUCUGGAUAAGAGCGUCUGCUAAAUGACUAAAAUGUAAAUGUAAAUGUACUUAUUGGUUCACACAAGACAAGGCUACUUACUGGUUCUGCAUCCUGGGCUGACCAAUCACCACGAUACACAACUGUUCUGCAUCCUGGGCUGACCAAUCACCACUAUACACAACUGUUCUGUAUCCUGGGCUGACCAAUCACCACUAUACACAACUGUUCUGUAUCCUGGGCUGACCAAUCACCACUAUACACAACUGUUCUGUAUCAUGGGCUGACCAAUCACCACUAUACACAACUGUUCUGUAUCCUGGGCUGACCAAUCACCACUAUACACAACUGUUCUGCAUCCUGGGCUGAAUACAAAGACAUACUUUAAUGUUGCAUCAUCUUCAGGGGGUUUAACAUUCCCUCCCCUACCCUGGACGACGCUGGGCCAGUUAACAAAACAUAGCCUCCUCUGUAGUUUAUUUUUCAUAGUUUAUCAAGGGUGUUGUGACUCUUCUGUUCUCGUUCUGUUUGAUCUCUCUCUCUCUCUCUCUCUCUCUCUCUCUCUCUCUCUCUCUCUCUCUCUCUCUCUCUCUCUCUCUCUCUCUCUCUCUUCUCUCUCUCUCUCUCUCUCUCUCUCUCUCUCUCUCUCUCUCUCUCUCUCUCUCUUUCUCUCCUCUCUCUCUCUCUCUCUCUCUCUCUCUCUCUCUAACCUUGGGGACAGAAUCCUGUUUGCCAUCCUAUCUUCUAACCCAUAAUUUCCCAACCUUGGUUUUGCCCUAGCACUACACAGCUAAUUCAAAGAAUCAAAGCUUGAUAAUUUAGGGCUCUAUUCAAUCUGUAUAGCUGAAGUGUUUACUGUGAAUGCUGUCUCCGCUAAAGCAGGAACAUUGCCUUUGAAUUUCAAUCAUGCUGUAAAGCUGAACUUCGUCAAUUUGUAUAAUUCCAUCCAUUACAACGAUUCUUGUACCUUAAUUUGCUUCCUCUGUAAAUGAUGUCAGGUCCGUGUGGUUGUAGCUGAAGAUCACCACUAGCAAAUGGGGGAUAAUAUUUAGGACUCUAUUCCAUCUGUAGCGCUGAAGCGGUACGGAUAGCGUGCUAGAAAUGUAAAGGUCAUUUUCUAUUGAGCUGACAUCUACAGCGUUGACAGUGAAUGCUGUCUCCUCUAACGCGGGAGCAUUGCCUUUAAAUUUAUAUCACGCAGUGACGCUGAAUUUCCAUGAUAAAGGAGUGAACAGAGCCCUUAAUAAAAACAACAUUGACAUGAAGGCUGAUUAAAUAAUUAUGGAGCACAGAUCAAACCGUUAUUACAGUUAUACUUCGUUGAUCUCCAUAUUCUAAACACGUUCUCCAUAGCCUACAUUCUAGUGUUGUGCCGAUCAAAUUCAAAUUAAAAAAAGGUACACAGUUUUUAAAAGGGCUUGCUUUAAAUAAAUGAACAGAAAGGCACAUUUAAUGAAAGCUUCCUGAUCAAUUCUGUUGGGCCACCCAAUGGGUGUGUUUUCGGGGGGUUGAAUUAAAUGUAUUCAGUGCGUGCAAAUGAGCCACACCCGCAUAGCUCACUAGGCACCUGCAUAAGGUAAGUCUGAAUUACAACAACUGAGAAGGAGUUAUCUGCUCCUCUGCGUCUGCAGUCCCUGCCCCUAGCCAGUUCAGAGCCCUCAGCCUCAGCUGGCCCUCAGCCUCAGCUGGCCCUCAGCCUCAGCUGGCCCUCAGCCUCAGCUGGCCCCCAGCCUCAGCUGGCCCCCAGUCUCCUGCUCAGCUAGAUUCUCAGUCUCAGCUAGGUUCUCAGUCGCCUGCUCAGCUGGCUCCUCAGUCUCCUGCUCAGCUGGCUCCUCAGUCUCCUGCUCAGCUGGCUCCUCAGUCUCCUGCUCAGCUGGCUCCUCAGUCUCCUGCUCAGCUGGCUCCUCAGUCUCCUGCUCAGCUGGCUUUUCAGUCUCCUGCUCAGCUGGCUUCUCAGUCUCCUGCUCAGCUGGCUUCUCAGUCUCCUGCUCAGCUGGCUCCUCAGUCUCCUGCUCAGCUGGCUCCUCAGUCUCCUGCUCAGCUGGCUUCUCAGUCUCCUGCUCAGCUGGCUCCUCAGUCUCCUGCUCAGCUGGCUUCUCAGUCUCCCGCUCAGCUGGCUUCUCAGUCUCCCGCUCAGCUGGCUCCUCAGUCUCCUGCUCAGCUAGAUUCUCAGUCUCAGCUAGGUUCUCAGUCUCCUGCUCAGCUGGGUUCUCAGUCUCCUGCUCAGCUGGCUCCUCAGUCUCCUGCUCAGCUGGCUCCUCAGUCUCCUGCUCAGCUGGCUCCUCAGUCUCCUGCUCAGCUGGCUUUUCGGUCUCCUGCUCAGCUGGCUUCUCGGUCUCCUGCUCAGCUGGCUUCUCGGUCUCCUGCUCAGCUGGCUUCUCAGUCUCCUGCUCAGCUGGCUUCUCAGUCUCCUGCUCAGCUGGCUUCUCAGUCUCCUGGUCAGCUGGCUUCUCAGUCUCCUGCUCAGCUGGCUUCUCAGUCUCCUGCCAUACAUGGCUUGCAGUCCUCAGUCUUAGUAGUAGGUGCUAAGUCCCUUACCCUGUCAGACCCUGAGCUUUUUAUACAUGACCCUAAGCAUGAUGGGAUGUUAAUUGUUUAAUUAACUCAGGAACCACACCUACCGUAUGUGGAAGCACCUGCUUUCAAUAUACUUUGUAUCCCUCAUUUACUCAUGGGUUUCCAUUAUUUUGGCAGUAACCUGUAUGUUGCCAACAGUGGUGUAAAAUACUUAAGUAAAAAUACUUUUAGGUCGUUUUUUUGGGUAUCUGUACUUUGCAUUAAUAUUUAUAUUUUUGACAACUUUGACCUUUACUUCACUACAUUCCUAAAGAAAAUAAUGUACUUUUUACCCCAAUACAUUUUCCCUGACACCCAAAAGUACUCGUUAGAUUUUGAAUGCUUAGCAGGACAGGAAAAUGGUCCAAUUUACGCACUUAUCCAGAGAACAUACCUGUUCAUCCCUACUGCCUCUGAUCUGGCAGACUCACUAAACACAAAUGCUUCGCUUGAAAAUUGUUUCUGAGUGUUGGAGUGUGCCUCAGGCUAUCUGUAAAUUUAAAAAACUAGAAAAUUGUGCCGUCUGGUUUGCUAAAUAUAAGGAAUUUAAAUGAUUUAUACUUUUGCUUUUGAUAAUUAAUUAUAUUUUAGCAUUUACAUUUACUUUUGAUACUUAAGAAUAUUUAAAACCAAAUACUUUUAGACUUUUACUCAAGUAGUAUUUUACUGGGUGAGUUUCACAUAUACUUGAGCCAUUUUCUAUAUAUAUAUAUAUAUUAUUUUUUUUUACCUUUAUUUAACCAGGUAAGAAGCCAGUUGAGAACAGGUUCUCAUUUACAACUGCGACCUGGCCAAGAUAAAGCAAAGUAGUGCAAUAAAAACAACACAGAGUUACAUAUGGGGUAAAAAACAUAAAGUCAGAAAUACAACAGAAAAUAUAUAUACAGUGUGUGCAAAUGUAGCAAGUUAUGGAGGUAAGGCAAUAAAUAGGCUAUAGUGCAGAAUAAUUACAAUAGUAUUAACACUGGAAUGCUAGAUGUGCAAGAGAUUAUGUGCAAAUAGAGAUACUGGGGUGCAAAAGAGCCAAAUAAAUAACAAUAUAUGGAUGAGGUAGUUGGGUGGGCUAAUUUCAGAUGGGCUGUGUACAGGUGCAGUGAUCGGUAAGGUGCUCUGACAACUGAUGCUUAAAGUUAUUGAGGGAGAUAAGAGUCUCCAGCUUCAGAGAUUUUUGCAAUUCGUUCCAGUAAAGCUAUUAAGAUAGCUUUACUCAAGUAUGACAAUUGGGUACUUUUUUUUUACUUUUUCCACCACUGGUUGCCAGUAGAACUGUCUAUCACAUGGUACCGCAGUGAUUUAUGUAACAUUACAUGCUACUGUUAUUAGCAGGGUGCCAUUCUAUAGUUUCUGGAAUUUUCCAGCCUUGUCCAGCUUGCUCUCAUGAUCCAGCGCAUGUACAGUGGCCAUGCCUCCAGAUAACAUCUAGCCAGGACAGCGAGAGGGACAUACAGUUGAAGUCGGAAGUUUAACAUACACCUUUGCAAAUACAUUUAAACUCAGUUUUUCACAAUUCCUGACAUUUAAUUCUAGUAACAAUUCCCUGUCUUAGGUCAGUUAGGGUCAUCACUUUAUUUUAAGAAUGUGAAAUGUCAGAAUAAUAGUAGAGAGAAUGAUUUAUUUCAGCUUUUAUUUCUUUCAUCACAUUCCCAGUGGGUGAGAAGUUUACAUACACUCAAUUAGUAUUUGGUAGCAUUGCCUUUAAAUUGUUUAACUUGGGUCAAACGUUUCGGGUAGCCUUCCACAAGCUUCCCACAAUAAGUUGGGUGAAUUUGAGCUGGUGUAACUGAGUCAGGUUUGUAGGCCUCCUUGCUCGCACACGAUUUUUCAGUUCUGCCCAUACAUUUUCUAUAGGAUUGAGGUCAGGGCUUUGUGAUGGCCACUCCAAUAACUUAACUUUGUUGUCCUUAAGCCAUUUUGCCACAACUCUGGAAGUAUGCUUGGGGUCAUUGUCCAUUUGGAAGACCCAUUUGCGACCAACCUUUAACUUCCUGACUGAUGUCUUGAGAUGUUGCUUCAAUAUAUCCACAUAAUUUUCCUUCCUCAUGAUGCCAUCUCUUUUGUGACGUGCACAGGUCCCUCCUGCAGCAAAGCACCCCCCAGCAUGAUGCUGCCACCCCAGUGCUUCACGGUUGGGAUGGUGUUCUUCAGCUUGCAAGCAUCCCCCUUUUUCCUUCAAACAUAACGAUGGUCAUUAUGGCCAAACAGUUCUAUUUUUGUUUCAUCAGACCAGAGGACAUUUCUCCAAAAAGUACAAUCUUUGUCCCCAUGUGCAGUUGCAAACCGUAGUCUGGCUUUUUUAUGGCGGUUUUGGAGAAGUGGCUUCUUCCUUGAUGAGCGGCCUUUCAGGUUAUGUCGAUAUAGGACUCGUUUUACUGUGGAUAUAGAUAAUUUUCUACCUGUUUCCUCCAGCAUCUUCAAAGAGGCACUGAGUUUGAAGGUAGGCCUUGAAAUACAUCCACAGGUACACCUCCAAUUGACUCAAAUGAUGUCAAUUAGCCUAUCAGAAGCUUCUGAAGCCAUGACAUAAUUUUCUGGAAUUUUCCAAGCUGUUUAAAGGCACAGUCAAACUUCUGACCCACUAUAAUUGUGAUACAGUGAAUUAUAAGUGAAAUAACCUGUCUGUAAACAAUUGUUGGAAAAAUUCCUUGUGUCGUGCACAAAGUAGAUGUCCUAACCGACUUGCCAAAACUAUAGUUUGUUAACAAGAAAUUUGUAGAGUUGUUGAAAAACGAGUUUUAAUGACUCCAACCUAAGUGUAUGUAAACUUCCACCUUCAACUGUACAUCUUAAUGGGACCUUGUAGUUGACAAAGCAAAAACAGGUUGAGAAAUUUUUGUAAAUGUAUUAGGAAAAAAAACCUUAGGGUCUUGUCCUGUUGGAAGAUGAACCUUCGCCCCAGUCUGAGGUCCUGAGCGCUCUGGAGCAGGUUUUCAUCAAGGAUCUCUCUGUACUUUGCUCCGUUCAGCUUUUUCCCUCGAUCCUGACUAGUCUCCCAGUCCCUGCUGCUGAAAAACAUUCCCACAGCAUGAGGCAGCCACCACCAUGCUUCACCGUAGGGAUGGUGCCAGGUUUCCUCCAGACGUGAUGCUUGGCAUUCAGGCCAAAAAGUUCAAUCUUGGUUUCAUCAGACCAGAGAAUCUUGUUUCUCAUGGUCUGAGAGUCUUAAGGUGCCUUUUGGCAAACUCCAAGCGGGCUGUCAUGUGCCUUUUACUGAGGUGUGGCUUCCGUCUGGCCAUUCUACCAUUAAGGCCUGAUUGGUGGAGUGCUGCAGAAAUGGUUGUCCUUCUGGAAGUUUCUUCCAUCUCCACAGAGGAACUCUGGAGCUCUGUCAGAGUGACCAUUGGGUUCUUGGUCACCUCCCUGAGCAAGGCCCUUCUCCCCGAUUGCUCAGUUUGGCCGGGCAGCCAGCUCUAGGAAGAGUCUUGGUGGUUCCAAACUUCUUCCAUUUAAGAAUGAUGGAGGCCACCAUGUUCUUGGGGACCUUCAAUGCUGCAGAAAUGUUUUGGUACCCUUCCCCAGACCCGUGCCUCGACACAAUCCUGUCUCGGAGCUCUACGAACAAUUCCUUCCACCUCGUGGCUUGGUUUUUGCUUUGACAUGCACUGUCAACUGUGGGACCUUUUAUAGACAGGUGUGUGCCUUUCCAAAUCAUGUCCAAUCAAUUGAAUUUACCACAGGUGGACUCCAAUCAAGUUGUAGAAAAAUCUCAAGGAUGAUCAAUGGAAACAGGAUGCACCUGAGCUCAAUUUCAAGUCUCAUAGCAAAGGGUCUGAAUACUUACGCAAAUAAGGUAUUUCUGUUUUUUAUUUGUAAUACAUUUGAAAAAAUGUCUAAAAACCUGUUUCGCUUCGUCAUUAUGGAGUAUUGUGUGUAGACUGAUGAGGAUUUUUAUUUAUUUAAUACAUUUUAGAAUAAGGCUGUAACGUAACAAAAUGUGGAAUGCACUGUAUGUACAGUGGGGAAAAAAAGUAUUUUGUCAGCCACCAAUUGUGCAAGUUCUCCCACUUAAAAAGAUGAGAGAGGCCUGUAAUUUUCAUCAUAGGUACACGUCAACUAUGACAGACAAAUUGAGAAAAAGAAAUCCAGAAAAUCACAUUGUAGGAUUUUUUAUGAAUUUAUUUGCAAAUUAUGGUGGAAAAUAAGUAUUUGGUCACCUACAAACAAGCAAGAUUUCUGGCUCUCACAGACCUGUAACUUCUUCUUUAAGAGGCUCCUUUGUCCUCCACUCGUUACCUGUAUUAAUGGCACCUGUUUGAACUUGUUAUCAGUAUAAAAGACACCUGUCCACAACCUCAAACAGUCACACUCCAAACUCCACUAUGGCCAAGACCAAAGAGCUGUCAAAGGACCAGAAACAAAAUUGUAGACCUGCACCAGGCUGGGAAGACUGAAUCUGCAAUAGGUAAGCAGCUUGGUUUGAAGAAAUCAACUGUGGGAGCAAUUAUUAGGAAAUGGAAGACAUACAAGACCACUGAUAAUCUCCCUCGAUCUGGGGCUCCACGCAAGAUCUCAACCCGUGGGGUCAAAAUGAUCACAAGAACGGUGAGCAAAAAUCCCAGAACCACACGGGGGGACCUAGUGAAUGACCUGCAGAGAGCUGGGACCAAAGUAACAAAGCCUACCAUCAGUAACACACUACGCCGCCAGGGACUCAAAUCCUGCAGUGCCAGACGUGUCCCCCUGCUUAAGCCAGUACAUGUCCAGGCGCGUCUGAAGUUUGCUAGAGUGCAUUUGGAUGAUCAAGAAGAGGAUUGGGAGAAUGUCAUAUGGUCAGAUGAAACCAAAAUAGAAAUUUUUGGUAAAAACUCAACUCGUCGUGUUUGGAGGACAAAGAAUGCUGAGUUGCAUCCAAAGAACACCAUACCUACUGUGAAGCAUGGGGGUGGAAACAUCAUGCUUUGGGGCUGUUUUUCUGCAAAGGGACCAGGACGACUGAACCAUGUAAAGGAAAGAAUGAAUGGGGCCAUGUAUCGUGAGAUUUUGAGUGAAAACCUCCUUCCAUCAGCAAGGGCAUUGAAGAUGAAACGUGGCUGGGUCUUUCAGCAUGACAAUGAUCCCAAACACACCGCCCGGGCAACGAAGGAGUGGCUUCGUAAGAAGCAUUUCAAGGUCCUGGAGUGGCCUAGCCAGUCUCCAGAUCUCAACCCCAUAGAAAAUCUUUGGAGGGAGUUGAAAGUCCGUGUUGCCCAGCAACAGCCCCAAAACUCACUGCUCUAGAGGAGAUCUGCAUGGAGGAAUGGGCCAAAAUACCAUCAACAGUGUGUGAAAACCUUGUGAAGACUUACAGAAAACGUUUGACCUGUGUCAUUGCCAACAAAGGGUAUAUAACAAAGUAUUGAGAAACUUUUGUUAUUGACCAAAUACUUAUUUUCCACCAUCAUUUGCAAAUAAAUUCAUUAAAAAUCCUAUAAUGUGAUUUUCUGGAUUAAUUUUUCUCAUUUUGUCUGUCAUAGUUGACGUGUACCUAUGAUGAAAAUUACAGGCCUCUCUCAUCUUUUUAAGUGGGAGAACUUGCACAAUUGGUGGCUGACUAAAUACUUUUUUUCCCCACUGUAUGUAUGCAUUUAUGUAUGUAUCCAACAGAUCCACAGAUGAUGCAAUCUCUAUUGCGCGCCACACUGCCCUUUCCCACCUGGACAAGAGGAAAACCUAUGUGAGAAUGCUAUUCAUUGACUACAGCUCAGCAUUCAACACCAUAGUACCCUCAAAGCUCAUCACUAAGGUAAGGACCCUGGGACUAAACACCGCCCUCUGCAACUGGAUCCUGGACUUCCUGAUGGGCCGCCCCCAGGUGGUAAGGGUAGGUAACAACAGCUUCUACCCCCAAGCCAUAAGACAGCUAAUCAUGGCUACACAGACUAUUUGCAUUGCCCCCCCCACCCCACCCCCUCUUUUACGCUGAUGCUACUCUCUGUUUAUUAUCUAUGCAUAGUCACUUUAACUCUACCCUUAUUUUUCUUAAAACUGCAUUGUUAAGGGCUUGUAAGUAAGCAUUUCACUGUAAGGUCUACACCUGUUGUAUUCGGCGCAUGUGGCAAAUAAAAUAUGAUUUGAUUUGAUUUUUAUAUGUACACUUCUCAUUCUGCAGUAGUUAUAUAGGAUGAGCCUUCACUAGAAUACAGGGCAUCCUAUGUGUAGACUUGUCAUUCUGAUAAUGGUCGUGGAUUAUUAUUGUAUACAUGGAUCCUCAUGAUUUAUUCUCUCCUUUUUCGAACCACACAUAAAAUACCUCUAAAGGAAGCAGCUGUGUGUCUUUAACAACAACCUUGGGGCCAGAAUUCAGUUUUACAAUCCUAUCCUCUAACCGAUCCCCUUAUCUCCUCUCUUGUCCUUCAGAGGUCCUAUAAAAGCCUGGAGCCUGGCAGACUCCAGCUGCCGUCGCUGUCGCCAACGUUACAGUAAUGCUGCCUGCCGUAGUGAAGCUCUGCUGUGGAAUCUCCUACCCUCACCUCAGGACCAUGGCAGGUAAAAAACAUACAACUAUAUCAUCUUGGUUGUGUCCCAAAAUGGCCUCCUAUUUCCUAUGUAGUGCACUACUUUUUAUCCAGGGCCCUCUAUAGGGGGGGCCAUUUUGGAUGCAGCCCUGGAGAGAAACAUCACAUUUCUCUCAUUCCUUAGAUUGUAGGAUUACCGUGUCGUGCACAAUGCACGUAGCCUGGUCCCAGAUCGGUUUCUGCUGCCUUGCCAACUCCCUCUUAUGGUCGUUGCAAGACAGCACAAACAGGUCUGGGACCAGCCAGUGCACGUGCGUCUGGAUGGAGUUAUCUAUUGCUGCUGUUAUUACUAUGGCGUCUUGGCUGUGACUAGUAGUAGUCUUUGUGUUUCCUGACAAGUCCUUUAAGUCCCCAUCAACAGCACUUUGAGUUGCAGAAUGGAUCAAAUCCAUCCUGAGUGGCAGUCUGUGUCAUGGUAAACAUGUUUGGCUUGAUAAUGAGAAAUGGAGUUGACAGGCUAUAUGAAAAUGUGCUGACUGUUAUUAUCGUUGUUGUUGUUGUUGUUGUUGUCCCAUGACAGGACUGCAACGGCCAGCUAUCGCAGCGAUCGGCCAGGAACUUGCUCACAUGCAGAGGAGUGGGCAGACCCAACUACCAGCAUGGACCAACCAUACGGGUUGGCAGACUGGCACCGCUCUGCAUCAGCACAGUGGUAAGCCUGGGAAUGACACACAGAUUACACACAUUUUCAACUGCAUUAUUAUUUUACACAGAGCACAAACUGCCCUUAUCAUAGUUAUAUUGACAUAUUUUCCAAGGGCAUUACUUUUUUUUACUAUAAAACUUUUACUGACCAUUGAAUAUAAAAACAGCUUCAAUUACAACUGGAUCGAAGUGAGCGCUGCUGUGAGGGGCCCCUUUAUCAUGUGUAUGUAAACGUGUUACAGAGAGCUCCAGAAGAGAGAUAGCCAACCCAGUCCCAUUGAAAGAGGAUGAGCUGCUGUACAUAAGGCGAGGCCACGAGGCGCUGACCAAGGCUCUGGACAUUGUGGAGGAUAAGGACGGAUGGGAAACAGAACUCUCAGAGGUAGUGCAUCAUCCAUACAACCGUCUAGCGUUGAUUAAAGAGGCAAUACAGAAUUGGUACAUUGAUUUUUGGCAAACCAUCCUGUAUUGUCCCUUUAAAAUGUGUUGCUUCCUGUGUAAAAUGCUUCCAAAAAUAGCUAUUGCUAUGGAAACCUUAUACUGAUGCCAAACCACCAAACUGUCAUAUAGGACAAGGGGUAGGUACAUGAUCUGAAUAUAGGACAAGGGGGUAGGUACAUGAUCUGACUAUAGGACAAGGGGUAGGCACAUGAUCUGACUAUAGGACAAGGGGGUAGGUACAUGAUCUGAAUAGCUAUCGCCAUUGUAUCCCGUCUUCAAAACCCAUCAAAUCUAAUUGACAUAGGCCAUUGUUGCCACAAUGUCAAACCUUCUAACAUUUUUACCUUUUAGUCAAUUAGCAGACGUUCUCAUCCAGAGCAACUUAACAGCCAAGUGCAUUCAACUUAGUUCAGAAGGGACCCUUUUUGACUUGUAGGAGAAAAUACACUUUGUAUAAAAUCUCAGAACCCAGAACCAAAUGUGCUAUUAGUUAUUUUAAUUGGCUGUUCCAAAAGCAGUAGCUACAUUUUUACACUGACUUACAGUUUUAGUGAGUGCAUACAUUUUCAUACUGGCCCCCCCGUGGGAAACGAACCCAUGCUCUACCAACUGAGCUACAGGGGACUUAGCUACUCUUACGCUCAGAGUCUCUCACAAGAGACUCAACGUUCUUUCUGUAACUAUGUCUUGUAGGAUGCGUACUAUUGCCACAUUGCCAAACUUUCUCUUUCCGUUACUUUGACAUUUAGGUAAAAACUGGGACUUGAUCUAAAUAGCUAUUGGCAUUGGAAAUCUUGUACCGGUAUAUACAUAUAGAUGCCUCACUGCCAAAACGUUAUAACUCUGGAGUAGAGAAACUUUCUGUAAUCUCAGAACCAAAUGGAAGUAGAAAGACUAUCACAAGAGAACGUUCAGUAAUUGUGUUGUAUAGGAAACCAGGGACAUCAUUAGAAACCUUCCUGAAAAAAAACCGUUGUUGUUAAAAAAAGGAAACCCUAUGGACGCCACAUUCCAAAACGUCUUGUAACUUUCCCGUAAACACUGUGUGUCGUCACAGGAGAACGGGGUUGUGGUCUACAGUAAAGUGUUGCCGGGGGACAGGAAGGUCUUCAGACUGGAACUGUGUUAGAAGCCACCCCGGAAGAGAUACAUCACAUCCUGUGGAAGGUCGAGGAGAUGCACCAGUGGAACCCAAGCAUCAAAAACAUCAAG